AUGGAAGGCCUUGCAUUAAUCCUCUCUACCCCUCUACUCCAUUUUUUAGUCUUACAAUUGUCCAGAGCAGCUGAUACAAUCUCUGCAGCACAAUCCAUCACCAGCACUAAUACCUUGGUUUCUUCCGGCCAAAGCUUCGAAUUAGGAAUCUUCUCCGCUGGCAAUCCAGAGGCCUGGUAUUUAGGAAUACGGUACAAGAAUUUUCCAAAUAUUGUUGUAUGGGUUGCCAACAGAGAAAAUCCAGUUGCAGAUUCACAUGGAUCCUUGAAAUUAUCCAAAAAUGGAAGUCUUGUCCUUUUAGACCAAAUGAACAAUACUAUUUGGUCUUCCACUUCUUCCCAAGUAGCAGAAGACCCUGUCGCACAACUUUUGGAGAAUGGAAACCUGGUUGUCAGAGAAAAGGAUACAACAGAUUCAGAAAGCUACAUAUGGGAAAGUUUCAAUUUCCCAUCAGACACUCUGCUACCAGAAAUGAAGUUGGGGUGGAACUUCAGGACAGGCCUUAACAGAUUCUUGACUUCUUGGAAAAAUGCUAGCGACCCUUCUCCUGGAGAAUAUACUUAUGGGAUGGAUAAUGUUCUGUUGCCUCAGCUUGUUAUUGCCAAAGGAUCAAAGAAAAUGUUCCGAACCGGACCUUGGAAUGGUCUUUGGUUUACUGGUACUCCUGGUUUAGCAGCUACAUACAGAUCUGUCGUGAAACCAAUUUUUGUGUAUAAUACCAAUGAGUUGUACUAUUCAUAUGAGUCUUUUAAUAGUUCUACCAUCACAAGAUUGAAGCUGAGUGAAUCGGGUUUGAUCCAGCGGCUAGUGGUCACCCAAGGAAGCACUGAAUGGGCCGUUAUGUAUACUAUGCAGAAUGAUGAGUGUAAUAGUUAUAGACAGUGUGGAGCGAAUGGCAUUUGCAGAAUUAGUAAAUCACCCAUUUGUGAGUGCUUGCAUGGGUUUGUUCCGAAAUCACCAGACGAAUGGGGAGUGCUGAAUUGGACAAGUGGGUGUAUCAGGGAGACACCACUGAGUUGCCAGAAAGGAGAAGGGUUUUUGAAAGUUCAAAAUGUGAAGCUGCCAGACCAGUUGAAUUUUUUGGUCAACAAUAGCACUAGUAACAACGGAUGUGAAGCAGAGUGCUUAAAGAAUUGUUCUUGUGUAGCUUAUGCUAAUACAGUUAUCAUUAAUGGAGGCAGCAGCUGUUUGAUGUGGUUUGGCGACCUAGUUGAUCUGCGAGAAUUCGUUGAAGAAGAUAGUCAGCAAGAUAUAUACAUUCGGCUGCCACAUUCAGAACUAGGGAAGACCGGUAGGAAGGAUAAAAGAGUAGUAAUCAUCUUGCUUCAAGAGGCACUAAGGAGGACUUGGAGUUGCCACUGUUUGAUUUUGAUACAACUGCAGCCGCCACCAAUAACUUCUCCCGCACAAAUAAACUUGGAGAUUGAGGCCAAGCUAACCCGAGAAGAAUUCAUAGCAGUAAAGAGACUCUCAAAAGAUUCUGGUCAAGGUAUUAAAGAGUUUAAGAAUGAAGUUGCAAUGAUAGCAAAUCUUCAACACUGGAAUCUUGUUAAACUUUUGGGCUGCUGCAUCCAAGGAGAAGAAAGGAUGCUGAUCUAUGAAGACCUUAAGAGCAGCAACAUCUUACUUGAUGAUGAGCUGAACCCUAAAAUAUCUGACUUUGGCAUAGCAAGGAUUUUCGGGCACAAUCAAGCUGAAGCAAAAACAAAACGAGUAAUCGGGACAUAUGGAUAUAUGUCUCCUGAGUAUGCAAUUGAUGGGAAGUUUUCGGUAAAAUCCGAUGUUUUUAGUUUUGGAGUGCUUUUGUUAGAGCUAGUAAGUGGCAGAAAGAACAGGGGGUUUCAUCAUCCAGAUCACCAUCAUAGUCUUCUGGGACAUGCAUGGCUAUUGUGGAACAAAAACAAGGAGUUGGAACUAAUGGAUGAAUGCUUAGAGGACUCAUAUGUUGAGUUUGAGGUACAAAGAUGCAUUCAAGUGGGUCUAUUAUGUGUUCAAAAGAUGCCGGCAGACAGACCAGCAAUGUCAUCGGUGGUGUUCAUGUUGGGCAACAAGGGAGCAACAUUGCCUCAACCAAUGGAGCCUGGUUUCUUCAUAGAAAGAAGCUUCGCCGACAUUGAUACCUUACUCGGUGAAGUUAGAAGCCACACUGGAACCACAAUCACCAUUACAGCGGUGGAAGCCAGAUAA